UAUACUUGAAAUUCGUGGACUUCUUCCUCCUCUCGCAGUUUGUUUCAUCAGCCACGAGAUUCCACUUUCACCUGACAGAAGAGUUUCUCUCCGGUGUUUCUGAAAGAUGGGAGACCCUGUGAGCGAGUACACAGCCCGGCUGCAACAACAGGAGCGGGAGAUCCGGAGUCUCUCUGCAGAGAUUGAGAGUCUGAAAAACCCACAGGACCUGAGUCCAUCUCCACGUCUGGAUGAGCUGCGGGAUGAGAACACCAAGCUGAAGUACCGCCUCAACGUCCUGAAGAGGAGCCUGCAAGAGGACAGGACGACUCACUGCGGUAAAUCAAUGUUGAACAUUAACCAACGGCUCCAGGAGAUUUUCGGCGAGGCCAUCCAGGCUUCCUGCCCCGAGCUGGACAACCCUCCACUGUCUGUCGCUCCCAACCAGCAGGCCAAGUUUGGAGACUACCAGUGCAACAGUGCCAUGGCCAUGGCCCAGAUGCUGAAGGCGAAGGGAAUGAAAAUCAACCCGCGGGAGAUUGCAGAGAAGAUCAUCCAGAACCUUCCAGACAAUGAACUCAUCCAGAAAACCGAGAUUGCAGGACCAGGGUUCAUCAACAUCCACCUGAAGAAGACGUUUGUGUCCAAAAUGUUGAGCAACCUGCUGGUCAACGGAGUGCAGCCGCCCCCACUGGCCUCCAGGAAAAGGGUCAUCCUGGAUUUCUCCUCUCCCAACAUUGCCAAAGAGAUGCAUGUGGGUCACCUGCGCUCCACCAUCAUCGGGGAAAGCAUGAGUCGGCUGUUUGAGUUUCUGGGCCACGAUGUUCUCAGGUUGAACCAUGUGGGUGACUGGGGGACCCAGUUUGGGAUGCUGAUUGCACACCUGCAGGAUAAAUUCCCAGACUACCUGACCACCUCACCGCCCAUUGGUGACCUGCAGGCCUUCUACAAGGAGUCGAAGAAGCGCUUUGACGAGGAGGAGGACUUUAAGAAGCGAGCGUACCAGUGUGUCGUCAGACUGCAGAGCAAAGAGCCCGACUUCAUCAAAGCCUGGAAACUCAUCUGCGAUGUUUCCAGGAAAGAGUUCCAGAAGGUUUAUGACUGCCUGGACGUCAAGCUCACGGAGAGAGGAGAGUCGUACUACCAGGAAAUGAUGGCAAAGGUGGUGAAGGAGUUUGAGGACAAAGGCUUGGUGGAGAUGGACGAGGGUCGUAAGAUCGUCUUCGUCCCGGGUCAGUCCAUCCCCCUCACCAUCGUCAAGUCGGACGGCGGCUACACCUACGACACGUCGGACCUCGCAGCCAUUAGGCAGCGGCUCUUCGAUGAGAGAGGCGACAUCCUCAUCUACGUCGUAGACAGCGGGCAGGGCACACACUUCCAGGUGGUGUUCGCUGCGGCUCAGAUGAUUGGCUGGUACGACCCCCAGGUGACCCGGGUGGAGCACGCAGGCUUUGGUGUGGUGCUGGGGGAAGACAAGAAGAAGUUUAAGACCCGGUCAGGAGACACGGUGAGACUGAUGGACCUGCUGGAGGAGGGACUGAAGAGGUCCAUGGACAAACUGAAGGAGAAGGAGAGAGACAAGGUCCUGACCCCGGAGGAGCUGACCAAAGCCCAGAGGUCCGUCGCUUUUGGCUGCAUUAAAUACGCCGACCUCUCCCACAACCGCAUCAACGACUACGUCUUCUCGUUUGACAAGAUGCUGGAUGACCGGGGCAACACGGCAGCGUACCUCCUCUACGCCUUCACCCGCAUCAGGUCCAUCGCUCGUCUGGCCAACAUCGAUGAGGCUACACUGAGGAAAGCAGCAGAGACCACCGAGAUCCUCCUGGACCACGAGAAGGAGUGGAAGCUGGGGAAAUGCAUCCUCCGCUUCCCAGAGAUCCUGCAGAAGAUCCAGGACGACCUGCUGCUCCACACGCUCUGCGACUACCUGUACGAGCUCGCCACCACCUUCACAGAGUUCUACGACAGCUGCUACUGCGUGGAGAAGGACAGACAGACAGGUGAGGUGGUAAAGGUCAACAUGUGGAGGAUGCUGCUCUGCGAAGCCACGGCCGCCAUCAUGGCCAAGUGCUUUGACAUCCUGGGCAUCAACCCCGUCGGCAAGAUGUGAUGUCACAGUGAUCCACCCUGCCUCUGCCUUGUUUUUUCUCCCUUGUGCAUCCAAGUUCACCCGAGUCCAGACCAGGAACAGGUGAAGUGACAACAUGUCAGUAAACAGUAAAGAUAAAAAUCGUGAGUCCCUUUCACUCACGUCGAAGCCAAAACUCACUGGACUUUAAGAAUAUAUUUCCACAAAGGUAUUAUAUCCAUCCUGGGAGGAAACAUACUAAUGGAAAGUCCAUUAAUGAACAUCUCAUGUAAAGGAUCUUUUUUAUUAAAGAACCAAUAUGAAACCAAAA